AUGGCUCUGAGGACCCCCAUCAGGGCUCCCCUGCUCCUCAUGGGGCUGCUGACAGCAGGCCUGGCCCAGUUGCCGCUCCCUGCCUCAGCCCCGCGAGGCUUCUGGGCUCUGCCUGAAAACUUGACGGUGGUGGAGGGGGCCACUGCUGAGCUGCAGUGUGGGGUCAGCGCCCCUGGCAGUGUGGUCCAAUGGGCCAAGGAUGGGCUACUCCUGGGCCCAGAUCCUAGGAUCUCCAGCUUCCCGAGGUACCGCCUGGAAGGGGACCCUACUAGAGGUGAAUUCCACCUGCAUAUUGAAGCGUGUGACCUGAGUGACGAUGCAGAGUAUGAGUGCCAGGUCGGCCGCUCAGAGACAGGCCCUGAGCUUGUGUCUCCCAGAGUGAUCCUCUCCAUCCUGGUGCCCCCCAAGGUGCUUCAGCUGACCCCCGAAGCAGGGAGCACAGUCACGUGGGUAGCUGGGCAAGAGUAUGUGGUCAGCUGUGUAUCUGGGGAUGCAAAGCCAGCACCUGACAUCACCUUCUUCCAGAGUGGACAAACAAUUUCUGACAUCUCUGCUAAUGUAAAUGCGGGGUCCCAGGAGAAACUCUUCACCACAGAGGCCACAGCCAGGGUGACACCCCAGAGCUCAGAUAAUGGGCAGCUCCUGGUCUGUGAGGGGUCCAGCCCAGCCUUGGACACUCCCAUCCGGGUCUCAGUCACCAUGAAUGUUCUGUUCCCCCCAGGACCCCCUGUCAUUGAGUGGCCAGGCCUGGACGAGGGGCAUGUGCGGGCAGGACAGAGCUUGGAGCUGCUGUGUGUGGCCCGAGGGGGGAAUCCGCCAGCCACACUGCAGUGGCUGAAGAAUGGCCAGUCCAUGUCCACAGCGUGGGGCACAGAGCAUGCUGAGGCAGUGGCCCGAAGCACGCUAGUGAUGAUUGUGCGACCGGAAGACCAUGGGGCGAGGCUCAGCUGUGAGGCCCACAACAGCGUAUCUACAGGGAUCCAGGAACGCGGGGUCACGCUGCAGGUCACCUUUCCCCCCAGCGCCAUUACCAUCUUGGGAUCUGCAUCCCAGCCUGAGAACAAGAACGUUACACUCUCCUGCAUCACCAAGUCCAGUCGCCCACGGGUCCUGUUACGAUGGUGGCUGGGUUGGCGGCAGCUGGUGCCUACAGAAGAGAUGGUCAUGGAUGGCCUGCACGGUGGCCACGUCUCCUUGUCCAACCUGACGUUCCUGGUCCGGCGAGAGGACAAUGGUCUGACUCUCACAUGUGAGGCCUUCAGUGAGGCCUUUGCCAAGGAGACUUUCAAGAAGUCACUCACCCUGAAUGUGAAAUAUCCUGCCCAGAAGUUGUGGAUAGAGGGCCCCCCAGAGGGAAAACGGCUCCGGGCUGGGACUCAAGUGAGGCUCCUGUGUUUGGCCAUUGGGGGCAACCCAGACCCCUCUCUUACCUGGCUCAAGGACUCCCGGAUGGUAACGGAACCGCGGCCACCCCAGGAGCCGCGGCGGGUGCAGCUGGGAAGUCUGGAGAAGUCAGGGAGCACGUUCUCCCGAGAGCUUGUACUGAUCAUGGGUCCAUCAGACAACCAGGCCAAGUUCACGUGCAAGGCGGGUCAGCUCAGCGCAUCCACGCAGCUUGUGGUGCAGUUUCCCCCAACAAACGUGACGAUCCUGGCCAACGCGACGGCUCUGCGCCCAGGGGAUGCAUUAAACUUGACUUGCAUCAGCGUUAGCAGCAACCCUCCUGUCAACUUGUCGUGGGACAAGGAGGGGGAGAGGCUGGAAAGCGUGGCCACACCACCCCGUAGUGCCCCAUUCAAAGGCUCUGCAGCAGCCAGGAGCGUCCUUCUGAGAAUGUCAUCCCGAGACCAUGGCCACCAAGUGACCUGCCGAGCCCACAGCCCUGAGCUCCGGGAAACCAUGAGCGCCUUCUACCGCCUCAAUGUGCUGUACCCUCCAGAGUUCCUAGGGGAGCAGGUGCUUGUGGUGACCGCCGUGGAGCAGGGUGAGGCACUGCUGCCAGUGUCUGUAUCUGCCAACCCUGCCCCGGAGGCAUUCAACUGGACCUUCCGCGGCUACCGCCUCAGCCCAGCUGGCGGCCCUCGGCAUCGCAUCCUGUCUGGUGGAGCCCUGCAGCUAUGGAAUGUGACCCGCGCUGACGAUGGCCUGUAUCAGCUGCAUUGCCAGAACUCAGAGGGCACCGCUGAAACUCUAGUGCGGCUGGAUGUACACUAUGCUCCCACUAUCCGAGCUCUCCAGGACCCAACUGAAGUGAAUAUUGGGGGUUCUGUGGACAUAGUCUGCACUGUUGAUGCCAAUCCCAUCCUUCCAGGGAUGUUCAACUGGGAGAGGCUGGGAGAAGAGGAGGAGGACCAGAGCCUGGAUGACAUGGAGAAGAUGUCAAAGGGAGCCACAGGGCGUCUUCGAAUUCACCAUGCCAAACUGGCCCAGGCUGGUGCUUACCAGUGCAUUGUGGACAAUGGAGUGGCACCUCCAGCCCGAGGACUGGUCCGACUUGUUGUCAGAUUUGCCCCCCAGGUGGAGCACCCCACUCCCCUAACUAAGGUGGCUGCAGCUGGAGAUAGCACCAGUUCUGCCACCCUCCACUGUCGUGCCCGAGGCGUCCCCAACAUCGUGUUCACUUGGACUAAAAAUGGAGUCCCUCUGGAUCUCCAGGAUGCCAGGUACACAGAGCACACAUACCACCAGGGUGGGGUCCACAGCAGUCUCCUGACCAUUGCCAACGUGUCUGCAGCCCAGGAUUACGCCCUCUUCACGUGCACAGCCACCAACCCCCUUGGCUCAGAUCACACCAACAUUCAACUCGUCAGCAUCAGUCGCCCGGAUCCCCCAUCAGGAUUAAAGGUUGUGAGCAUGACUCCGUAUUCCGUGGGGUUGGAAUGGAAACCUGGCUUUGAUGGGGGUUUGCCACAGAGGUUCCAAAUCAGAUAUGAGGCACUGGGGACACCAGGGUUCUUCUACGUGGAUGUCCUACCACCUGAAGCCACCACCUUCACACUGACUGGGCUGCAGCCCUCUACACGAUACAGAGUCUGGCUGCUGGCCAGCAAUGCCCUGGGGGACAGCGGACUAACUCACAAGGGGUCCCAGAUCCCUAUCACUACCCCAGGUCUAGACCAGCCUUCUGGAGAACCUGACUACCAGCUGCCCACAGAGCAGCCUGCAGAACCCACAGGGCUGCCCCUGCUGCCUGUGCUGUUUGCUGCUGGGGGUCUUUUGCUGCUUUCUAACAUCUCCUGUGUUGGGGGAUUCCUCUGGCAGCGGAGACUGAGGCGUCUUGCUAAAGGCAUCACAGAGAAGACAGAAGCAGGGUCGGAGGAGGACCGAGUCAAGAAUGAGUAUGAGGACAGCCAGUGGACUGGAGACAGAGACACUCAAAGCUCCACGGUUAGCACAACGGAUGUAGAACCAUAUUACCACUCCAUGAAGAACUUCAGCCCCCAGCUGCCACCAACACUGGAGGAGGUGUCUUAUCCCGGAGGUUUCACACAUCUUGAAGAGGAGGAUAUGGCUUUUCCUGGACACCUGUAUGAUGAGAUGGAAAGACUGUAUGCCCCACCUGGAGCCUGGGGACCCCUCUACGAUGAAGUACCGAUGGGCCCCUGUGACCCCUGCUGGCCUGAGGAGAUAUAUGAGGAUACAAGAGGAAUCUAUGAUCGGGUGGCAGAAGACUUGGACCCUAUGGAACCUGAUUUUCUACCCUUUGAGCUGAGGGGACAUCUGGUGUGA